AUGUUCAGCAUUGAAAAGACCAUCGUCCCUCUUCCCAUCCCUCUUGUUCCAGGCACAUCUUCGUCCGCUUCCCAGGAAAUUUACUCAGGUGGCAGUGUGCAGCUCUGGUCCGAUUACCUCAAGGUGCCGUUGCAUCCCAAAAGCGUCUACGUCGUCCGUCAGUACAUGCACGAUGGGGUAUGUGGUUGUCUGGAAGCCUUUGGACAAGGUGAAAGUCUCCUGCAGGAUCCUGGCUGCAUAGAGGAGUUGGAAGAUAGGUUGCAUUUUUACGUUGAAGAGUGCGAUUACUUGCAGGGGUUUCAAGUCCUCUGCGAUCUACACAAUGGAUUCUCUGGAGUUGGUGCCAAGGUGACAGAACUGAUCUGCGACGAAUAUUCAGGAAAAGGAAUCCUGACCUGGGGCUUGACUCCAGUCAUGAGUGACAUGGCAGAUUACCAGAAGAACGUGUACAGACUGAUGAACACAGCCCUUGGAAUUGUCCAUCUCUCCAGUCACAGCUCCCUCUUUUGCCCUAUGUCACUCAGUGGGAGUCUAGGAAUCAGGCCGCAACCUCCCAUCACUUUUCCGUAUAUAAACUACGACGCAUCACUUAACUACCACAGCAGUGCAAUUUUGGCAGCAGCACUUGAUACCCUCACUGCUCCUUACCGACUCUGCUCCUCUCAGGGAUCCAUGACGCACCUUGCUGAAACACUUAACUUCUCUGGGAGAAAGGUGGUGGCUGCGUGGGCUUCCGUUCCCUUUCCUGCGCUGCAGGGCUACUCGCUUCCUGAUACUUUAUGCACCUAUCAGCAGGACGUGCCCUGGAAGCUUCUGUCUUCAUGUAGGGAGAAAAAGGUCAGCUGCUGUUUCGCCCAGUCUGUUGUGCUACGAGGAAUUUGCAAAGAACAUUCCAUCAGCAGCUGUCCUGGCAAGCAGCCCACUUCUCCACUCCAUGCUUGUGAGAACACAGAGCAGGCUCUGCAGCACUACCUGCACACCGUGUUUCCGGGGGCAUUCAGCACAUCCCACGUGCUUGAGCAGCCAUGUAGUACUCUACCUCCAUACCCUCAGUUUUUCAGUCCUCUUCUCACCAGACAAGGCUUCCUCCUGGACAAACCUCCCAGUUAUUCUUCAGCAGGUGUUGAAAGCAUCCCUGUACUAGCAGCUCUGCAGUCUUCACCAGUUCUGCACACACUCCUCUACAGCUUAUACAAGGAUCUACGGAAGCUGAACACACGACGAUGGGCCAGCUUCUUUGCUGCUGGAGUUGAACAGGACAACUUCCAGGAUGCCUUAGAGGAGCUGAGAACUCUAUCCCAGUGCUAUGAAGUGGGGUUUGAAGCAGAUGAAUCUGAAGAUGAAGCAGAUUUAGACUAA